AUGGAACAGCUAAUGGACAAUGGCUAUUUUUUGGGUGUUGUUAUAUUUAUGGCAGCUAUUUUGCAAAGUACCCUCAGCCAGGCCUCAACGCAUUUUGUUAAUGUCGAAGGUAUUCGUCUGAGAACGGCUCUUCAGGCUUUAAUUUACCAUAAAUCACUGCGAUUAUACUCCUGGGGGUUUUUGGAAGAAGAAAUUGGAAAGACGGGUGAUAAUGACAAAGAUAAUAAUCUACGUAGCGGUGCAGACAUCGGAACUCUGACGAAUUUAAUGGCCGAGGAUGCUUACAAUGUCAUGAGUUUUUUUUGGAUUGGCCAUUACGUCUGGGCAAUUCCGUUAAAAGUAAUAAACAAACUAUCAUAA